GCUGCUCCACACUCAACACACUCUACAGACUCUGAAACCUUUAAGAGUUUCAAUACUUUAAAGAGUUUAAAGAGUUUCAAUACUUUAAAUACUUUAAGGAGUUUCAAUACUUUAAAGAGUUUAAAGAGUUUAAAGACUUGGAAGAGAUACGUUGGCGCUGUGAAGGAUGGCUUCCCUCAUGUUCAGGACUCUGACUUUCUUCCUCAUCUGCAUGGCUCUGCAACACGGUUGUGCAGUGCCGUUAUCAGAACCACCGCAGGCCGGCCACCACGUCAGGACCAAGCGCUGCUCCUGCAACAGCUGGGACGAUAAAGAGUGCAUCUACUUCUGCCACCUGGACAUUAUCUGGGUCAACACGCCCAGUAAACUCCUUCCUUACGGUCUUGGAAGUCCCCUGUCACGUCGCCGCCGUUCAGCCGAGCGUUGCCAAUGUCUCAACCCGGCUGAUCAAACCUGCUCCGGGUUCUGCCAGAAAAGCUCAGAGAAACCAAGGACGCAUACUGUCCAACCGUCGGUGGAUUCUGCAGGAGCGAACAGCAACAAACUGCUGGCGUCUCUCAGAUCUCGAGUAAAGACCAACACUGUCGUCGCCAAACACUUUCUGUCUACGAAUCCCAGAGGAGUAAAAACUGGCUGAGGAGCAGAACCCCAGCGAGGACCAGAAGAAGUUCAACCUCAACGGGCCGGAGACCCCUCCCGCACCACGGUUCAUCAGGAGUCCUACCAACUCUUGGGAUGUAGAGAGGGGGAAUGGUAGAGGGAAAGAGAGGACUCGAAGCCUCGGAGGACUGGCACCAGGAAACAAAACUGGGUGGAGACGUUUGGAGUUAGUCAUUGAACGACAGAUGCCAAAGAAGGAUCCAUUAAAGCCAAGGACAUAAAGCCAGAAGUGACUAUUGCUCAGAGGAGGAAUAGAACAAAGAACCUCUCAUAGACAUAUUAUUUACUGAAUUCACUUAAAAAUGAAGGUUUUGCACAGAAUACUUUGACUAUAGGAUCUUUAAAUGAUAAGGAAUCUUUCAUACAGAAACAUUUCAUGGUUCAAAUGGAAGGUUCACAGGUUUUCAGAUUAUCAUCCCCCUUUUUGAAUUUAAAGAUUUAGAACAAUUCUUUCAAACAAAAUUAUAAAUGAUCAAUUAGGGCUUUGGAUCAUUUGGAUUUCUGACCAUUUUCAUAAUUUCUUUACAUUGAAAACUAUAAUUUCAACACUUUCAGUACAUUCAGUACAUUUCCCCAAUACUUUUACCUAAGUUACACUUGUGACGGAGUUAUUCUCCAGUGUGAUUCUGGCCAUUUAACUUCCUCAAACACUGCUGUAGUUAAAAUCAGUCACUGAUCCGUGGUUGUUUUGCAUCCACAGCUCGCCUUCAACAACAAUCAUAGGACCAUUAAAUAUUCCAGAGUCACAUAAACUCUGGGGAAAUGUUCGUCAGUGUGUCAUCACAGUCAUCACUGACCUUUGGUUCAGUUUCAUGUUCCUCUGUAUCAGAGCGGCAAUCGGCUGUCCUGCCUCCAGCUUAAGGCAGAAUGCUUUUUAAUUAUCAGGCAGAACUUGAAGAAUAUUCACUCCUAUCCCAGUGAAAUGAAGGCCAUCUCUUUGGGGUUUAUCUGGCUCUAUAGACGGCCCAUUGUGGGCUCCUAUACAGCAGUCUGCAUAACAGCCACAGCGGCUCCAUUGUGCUGGCUCCAGUGUUUAUUGCACAGCUCCUGUUUAAUGUUGUGAUUGAAGACCAGCCAAAAGGUUUCAACGACGAGCAGCUUGCCAAAAAAUGCACCAAUUGUUUGUUCCCCUCCUGACAAACGCUCUUUUAAUUCCUCCGUUAUUACCGGCGGGGAAACGAUGACUGAUGUGUUUAUGCGCUUCAGAAGCUUACCGUGUUCAGAAUGCACUUUCAUCCUCAUCCUCAAUGCUGCAGACGAUGGACAGUUUGCCAGCUUAUAGAAGUUUACUGUUAAAUGCUUUGUUGUGUAUCUAUAGAACCAUUUAUUUAUUCUCUAACUUAUUCAGAGAUGUAUUUAUAUUUGUAUGAAUGAAGCUUUGGAUCGUGUCUGAGGAAAUAAAGAACGGAACAUUUGCAAGAACA